AUGGAUAUUUUAAAUAAGAGAAAAAAGAAAAAGAUAUUUUCUGAAGAAGAGAGUGAUAGCGAUAGCGAAAAUGUUUUGAAUAAAAUAAAUAAUAAAGAAGUAUUAGAAAAUCAACCGUUUUCAGAUUUCAAUGAAGUAAAUGAAAAUAAAAAUAUCCUGAAUAAUAAAUAUUUGAAUGAAAACAAUUUAUUAGAUGAGAAUACAUCAGAAGAAAAUAAAGAAGUAAAAAAGAAAAGUGAUAGUAAUGAAUAUGAUAAUAACAAAAUAGAAAGCUGUGAAUAUCAAGACAAUGGAGACCAAAGUAACAGUGUUGAAUAUAAUUUAAAAGAAAAAAAAAAAAAAAAAAAAUUGAAAAAAAAUUAUUUUCAAGAAAAUAGCAUUGGAGAUUCUGAAGAUUUGAUGGAAACUAAGAAGAAAGAAUGCAAAUUUGACAAAAAAAAUUUUAUUGUAAAAAAUAAAAAAAGUAACAAUACAUUUAUUAAAAAAAAUACAGUUAAGACUGAUAUGGAUAACGAGUUCAAAAGCAAUGAAAUAGUAAACGAAAAGCAUGAAUUUGAUGAAGAAAAUAAUAAAAAAGAAAAUUGUACAAAAGUAAAGAAAAGUGAAAAUAAUGAUCAAAAUAUAGGUAACAAUUAUGAAAGUAAAGACAAAGAUAAUAAUUAUGAAGAUGAAAACGAAGAUAAAAAUUAUGAAAGUGAAAACGACGAAAAAAAUUUUGAAAGUGAAAAUGAAGAUAAAAGUCAUGAAAACGAAAAUAAUGAAGAAUUAGGGUAUUUUGAAAAAAAAAAAAAAAAAAGAAGAAUUCAAAAUGAUGCUGCCAAUAGUGAUAUAGAUGUACAAUAUGAAAAAGAGAACAAGCAUGAAGUAAAGGAUACUUUAAAAGAAAAAAAAAAAAGAACAAAAAAUUCUAAACUAAUGGACCAUAUUAAUCCUGAUGAAGACAAAUUAAAAUUAAAAUUAAUUCAAAUAUCCUUUUCAAAAAAAGAAUAUAAUAUUGAAGAGUUUAUUUAUGAAUGUUUAAAAGUGAUAGUUCCAUUAAACAAGCGAGAAAUUUUUUUAAGUAAUGAAAAUAUAAUUUUUGAACAUAUUAACAGAGAAGAUUUAAAAAAAUUAGAAAUUCUUUGGUUUAAUAAUUUAACAAAAAAUAGACAGAAAAGUAUAAUUUGUUGUUUUAAUACACUGAAUAAAUUAAAUAAUGAACAUAAUCGCAUUAUAAAUGAUACGAAUAAAGAAGAAAGUUUAAACAGUGAAAAUAAUUUGUGUGAAGAAAACAAAAAUAAUUCAUUACCAUGUAAUAUUUUUGAUAAAAAUAAAGAAACAAUUAUCAUUGAUUAUUUAGUUGAACUAUGUAAUCAGCAAGUUAAAUUAAUAAAAGAAUAUAUAUCAUAUAUAAAAAAACAUAUUUAUGAUCUAUCUUCAAUAGUGGAAAAUAAUCAACGAAUAAAAGAAAUGAAAAUAGUAGAUCCAAUGAAAAGAAGAGAAUUAUUUUUUUAUUUAAAUAUAUGCAUAUCAAUGAAUUAUGUUCAAGAAAACUCACCAAAUAUUUAUUCAAUUUCUUCUAAUAUAAAUCCAGACAUUAGGGGAUUCAAUUUACACCCUAUGUUUUCACAUAUUAACAAAAAAAAAGAACAAAAAAGUGAAAAUGCAAUUAAUCCAUGGGAAAAAUUGAAAUUACUGAAAAAAGGGAAAAAAAAUGAUACAAUUAAUAAAAAUGAAUAUAUUAAAAAAAAAGAAGAUAUAAUGUUUGAAAAUGAAGCAGAUGAAAAAGAAAAGGAAAAUAAGGAUACAGAAAAAGAAGAAAGAUAUUUAGGAGAAAUAGAACACAUAGAAAAAAAGGAAUUAGAAGAAAUAGAAAAAAAAAAAAAAGCAUUAGAAGAAAUUGAAAAAAAAAAAAAAGAAAGGGCUGAUAAGAAAACGUUUAAUGUAUACUCAUUAUUAGAAUCAGCUGCUCAAUUUUUUGGAGAAGGUCCUAAAUAUUCGAAUCCUAAUAUUCAAGAAUUUCAUAAGUCUAAUAAUAAUCAAUUAGUGUAUAUAAAACCUCCUGAUAACAUCGAUGAAAAAAAUAUAUUAAUAAAUUUUUUCUUACAAUUUCCGAGUACAAAUAAAAAGUUAGAAUAUAAUAAAAGAAGGAUAUAUGCAGAAAAUUAUGGAUUGAUUAAAAUUAUUAAAAAUAACGAAAACUUACCAAUAAAUUUUGAAUUAAAUACUCAACCUUGGGAGUUAGAAGAAUAUAAAAAUCUAUGGAAUGAACAAAAUAAACUUAAUAAUUUUCAAAUAUGGAAUAUGUCAAAUGUUUUAAAUUAUGAUAAUUUAUCAGAAUAUACUUAUUCUUCUAAUACCAAAACAGAACAAGUUAAUCAAAAUGAAAAUAGCAAGGGUGAAAUAAACAAAGAUAAAUAUAUGAAAAAUGAGUUGAAUAAAGAUGAAAGUACAAAAAAUGAAUUGAAUAAAGAUGAAAGUACAAAAAAUGAAAUGAAUAAAGAUGAAAAUAAAAAAAAUGAAAUGAAUAAAGAUGAAAGUACAAAAAAUGAAAUGAAUAAAGAUGAAAAUAAAAAAAAUGAAAUGAAUAAAGAUGAAAAUAAAAAAAAUGAAAUGAAUAAAGAUGAAAGUACAAAAAAUGAAUUGAAUAAAGAUAAAAAUAUGAAAAAUGAAAGCAUGAUAGCAAGUAACAUUGAAUUAAAAAAGACUGGUAGCAGAAAAAGUGAAAUUUUAACAAGGAAAAUAAAAAAAAUAUUCUGUACUGAUGAUUCUAAGCAGUUGAAACUAACAUCUUUUCUAAGUAAGGAUAAAAUAAAUGAAAGUUUAAAAAAUGAGAAUGAAAUAAAAACUAAUGUAGAAUUAAAAGAAGAGAUAAGUAAUAAGUCUACUUCUAUAACUAUUGAAAAUGAAGAUGUAGAGUAUAUAACAAUAAAAAAAAAAAGGAAAAAAGUAUUAGAUGAUGCACAGAUAAAUAGCGAAUAUAAUACUAAUAAUCUAAAUGAUAGCACUGAAAAUAAUAUGAGAAAUAAGACAAAUAAGAAUAAGGAGGAAGAAAAUAAUAAUGAAGACAAAAAAAAAAUAUAUGAAGAGUUUAUUAAGAGGGAAAAAUUUAAGGAAGAAAAAAAAAGAUUAUUAAAUGAUAAAGUUAAAGAAAUAUUUGAAUUAGAAGCAGAAGAAAGUGAAGAUGAGAAUAUAGAAGAUCCUGAAGAAAGAAGAAAAGCACAACUUUUAAAGAAACAAAAAUGUGAAGAAAAUGAUAUUGAAGAUGAUGAGGAAUAUAAUAGUGAAGAUUUCAGUGCAUUUAUAAAUAAUGAAGAAUGUAAUAGUGACAAUGAUAUAGUAAAACUAAAACAUGUUGAAGAAAUGGAAAAAUUAGAAGAAGAUAUAUUUCUUAAAAAAUUUACAUAUCAAGGAAAAGAAUUUAAUAAAGAAUUAACUAAUAAAGAAAAGUUAGAAUUAGAAAGAGAGAAACAAUUAUUAAGAAAAAAAAAAUUAUUACUUAAUUGUAACUUAGGAAAUGUGAAACUUAGUGAUUUUGAAUCAGAUAGUAGCAGUAGUUCAAAUGAGCCUUUUAAGAAUUCUUUAUACGAAGAUUAUACUGAAUUUGAUAAUGUAGAUAAGAUAAAGAAAGAUAAAAAUUCAUUGGAAUAUUCUUAUAAUGAUAACGUUUUCAAAAAAGGAGAAUAUAUUAGUGAGGUUAUGGAUGAAAAAAAAAAGAAACAAAUUUUAAAAAAAAUUGAUGAUGUAAUAUAUAGAAAAGAAGUUAAUACAAAUGAAGGAAAAAAAAUAGUCAUUAAAAAAAAAAGAAAAAUUCGUUUUCACCAAGAUUUAUCUGAUAUAACAGUAACAGAAGAAGAAAAAUUAGAUGAAUACGAAAAAACAAAGAAGAAACAUAAAAAAGUAAAAAGCAAUGUAGUAGAAACAUCUAGCUCAUUAAAUAUUCCAAGUAAAGUAGUAAAUCAUAGUAACAAAGCAUCAAUAAAGUGGAAUAAUAAUAUAAAAGAUAUUAGUGAAUUAGAUACACCAACAAAUGGAGAAAUAUUUAAAGGAUUUAGAAAGACAGAAAAUCUUCAAUAA